GAAGCUGGUAGGGCCGGACUGAUGGAUAGAUCAGGUGCUCUGAAGGCCGAGCUAGAUGUCGCCUGGGCUCUGGGCCCCUCAGGAGGAGGUUCCUUUGUGAGCAGCAGACCAGCCUAGUGGCUGGUGAUAGGAUACCCGCAUCUGCAUGCUGAGGAAGAUGGGUGAGGCCGUGGCCAGAGUUGCGAGGAAGGUCAACGAGACCGUGGAAAGCGGCUCCGACACCCUGGACCUGGCCGAGUGCAAGCUGGUUUCCUUCCCCAUCGGCAUCUACAAGGUCCUGCGAAAUGUCACCGACCAGAUUCACCUCAUCACGCUGGCCAACAACGAGCUCAAGUCCCUCACCAGCAAGUUCAUGACCACGUUCUGUCAGCUCCGAGAACUCCACCUGGAAGGGAACUUCCUGCACCGCCUUCCCAAUGAGGUCAGCACCCUGCAGCACCUCAAGGCCAUUGAUCUGUCCCGGAACCAGUUUCACGACUUCCCUGAGCAGCUCACCACCCUGCCUGCACUGGAGAACAUCAAUCUGGAAGAGAAUGAGAUUGUGGACGUGCCCGUGGAGAAGCUGGCUGCCAUGCCUGCCUUGCACUGCAUCAACCUGCGCUUCAACCCGCUGAACGCCGAGGUGCGCGUCAUCGCCCCACCACUCAUCAAGUUCAACAUGCUUAUGUCUCCAGAGGGCGCCCGGGCGCCCCCACCCUAGGCCUGCCUCCUCAUGCCCACCCAGCAAGGGACGGAGGCCACCUGGCCUGGCGCCCUAGGGGAGGGAGUCCCAUGGGCCUGUGUGAGGCCAAGCUUGGGGGGCUGGGGACGGGUGGGCUGAGUAGCGCGCGGUGGGAGGGUGCCGCGGUCCCAGGUAGAUAGCGUAGAGCGGUAGUGGGCCCUGGAGUACCUGGAUGGAGGAGGCGAGGAGGGGCUUGGAGCCCAGGCAACCGGCACUCAGCUUCUGUGCAAACCUGGGCAGGUCCUCUGAGCCUUACAAUUUGAGAAAGGGGUCAAUGGCAGGGGCUUUUGCCUCCUUUUGACUCCUUGAAGGCUUUUGGCAGAACACAUACCUCCAAGUUACCUGCAAGUCAUCAGUACCUUCUGGGCCCAUGGAUGAGCAUUGCUGCGCACUUUCUGGGCCCUUGUGGGUUUGAGGUCUUGUUUCUAGUGCUGAGAGCCAGCAGCUGCCCUGAGAGUGACAGAAGACAACCUCCAUCUAUUUAUUGUCUCCUGAAGACUGACCUGGAUGAGGCCCUCCACUGUGCCCCAUCCUCAGCCCUCUGGGCCCCUGGAUUGGCGCGAACUGGAACUAGGCAUCACGGGAAAGCUGCAGACAGAGUGUGGCCCAGCGCUGAGGCACGGCUGAGAAAGUGUGUAGGGGCCCAGCGACCAGUGGGGGCAUAUCGAGUAGGCCCUGUGCUUCCCCAUGACUAAGAAGUCAGUGGGGCUGGAAGUCCAGACUGCUGCAUCCCUCCCCCGUGGUGACCGGGUUUGCCUGGCAUCAGUCCUGCUGCAGGAAUGACAGCCCAGAGAGAAACACAGACAUUCGCACCUGUGCCACGCUCAACACAGUCGCCCUCAGACAGUUGUCUGGCUGCCUUGUCAUUGGUCCACAUGGGGGCAGAAGGCACCAUGGACCCCUGGAUUUGUGACCAGUUCCCAGGCUGCCACCACCCAGAGCCCUGAUGACCUAGUCAUCUCUAGGCCCUCGAUCUGGAGUCUAGGGUGUGGCCAGGAAAUUGUGUGACCAGCCAUCUCUGUGUGCCCGGGACUGAGGGGUUUCCUGGGACGUGGGACUUUGAGCGCUAACACUGGGACAGCACCCAGCAAACGGGCAACUGGUCCCUCCAUGGGGCCUGGGCUCUGGCGUCCUGACCACACCUGUGGUUUGGACAGCUGCUGACCCCAUGAUCCCCAGAUAUAUCUACCUCCCACCUUCUCAUCUGUGGAGCAAGCAGACUCAGAGCCCAGAGCCCACCUGGCCUGGUCUACAGGAGACAGCUGAGGCCUCAGGGGUCUGCAGCAAGCCACACUACCCAGUCUACAUCUGUAGACUAGUGGCCCUCUUCCCGUCCUGAGGUUAGGCUGUUCACAGCUCAGACCACUGCUCAGAGCACUAACCGUUUCUCAGAAUGCUCCCAGACCCAUUCCUCCUCCCUGGCUCCACGGCCUACCCCUGCCCAGGCCUUCGGUCUCGGCAAGAGGCUGACUGACUGGGCCACUGUUGGCCCAUUGCUGAAUGAUCAGUGUUUGCUCUGCUCAUCUUUCAAGGCCUGGUUGGUGAAGCUCUGGGGGAGAGUGUUUUCAGGUUGAGGAGGCCGAAAUGGGAUCUUUUAGGGCUUUGGAGUUAAGCUGUGGAUGGUGGGGACGAGUGAGCCUGUAGUCCAGCCCAGGCUGAUUGGGAUACCCUAGACUGUGUCCUGGAGUGGGGUUUUUCCUUGUCAAAGAAGGGGUGCACUUUUCCGAUAUGCAGGAAGACACUGUAUAGCCAGAGCCUUGCAGCUCAAGUGUGGUCUGUGGGCCUGCAGAGUUGGCAUCCAUGGAAGCUCAAUAGAAAUGCAGAAUCCCAGGCCCUAUUCUAGACUUCUGGAACCAGAAACUGCAUUUCAGAAGAGCUGAUUUCCACAAGCAGGGGCCUGGGGCGAUCCUGGGGACAUUCUCAGAGAAGAGGGUGAAGGUUCUCGGCUCUCCCUCUGCACCAUCAGUGGAGUCUGAGUCUGCUCAUGCCCCUCUAAGCCAGCCCCCAGAGACCCUGGGCCCCUUCUAUCUUUCCAGAGGCUGUGCGGUGCUCCCAGUGAAGGGACUGACCCAAAGCCGCCAGGAGAGGAAAGCUGGCUUUGCCUGGCCUUCCUGGGUAACUUCUACUGCUUCCCCAGGUUGUCACCUAAGGCCCUUAGACAGGGUGGCUUCUGGAAGCUGUUUUCUACUCUGCUUGGAGAGUUUGCCCAUGCCUGCUGGAAAAGCUUGGGCAGUCAGAGAAGGCCCCAAAUCAAAGCCCACUGUGUGAGUGAGCCCUUUGCUUCAGUCUGCAAUAAAGAAUGCAUUGGUUUCA